CAACAGUGACCCGGCCCGUUUGACGCCAUAUUCGGAGGCCCGGAGCUUCCUCACAGUUGUCUCCUCUGAUCCACAAUGUCGUUCGUCGCACUCUCCCGCUCAACAUUCCGCCAUGUAAGCAGCAGCGCUCGUUUCUUCUCCACAAGCUUGCGUGCCCAGCGCGAAUACGCAAAUGUUCUCGUCUCACGGCCUAGCCCAGGCGUGGCACUCAUCACCCUAAACAGACCUAAGGCACUUAAUGCACUCAAUGCAGCGCACUUCCAAGACAUAUCUGAUGCGAUGAAGGAGGCUGAUGAGGAUGCCAGUGUGGGUGCUAUGGUUCUCACUGGGUCAGAACGCGCGUUUGCGGCUGGCGCGGACAUCAAGGAAAUGAAGGACAAGUCCUUCGCAGAAGCUUACACCACAAACUUCCUCGCUGAUUGGGAAGUCAUCACAAAACUUAACAAGCCGGUUAUUGCAGCCGUCAGUGGUUACGCCCUCGGUGGUGGCUUGGAGCUUGCAUUGCAGGCUGAUAUUCUUCUCGCAGCGCCUUCAGCACAACUUGGACAGCCAGAAGUCAAUCUCGGAGUCAUCCCUGGCGGCGGAGGAACCCAACGUCUCGCCCGUCUCAUUGGGAAAUCGCGCGCCAUGGAACUCGUCCUCACCGGACGUAUAAUAGGUGCGGACGAGGCAGAACGCUGGGGCAUCGUACGAGUUGUACGUGAGGGCAAUGUCGUUGAUGAAGCCGUAAAGGUGGCGAGCGAGAUCGCAAGCAAAGGACGUAUCGCAGUGGGUGCAGGCAAGGAGGCUGUGAAUGCAGCAUUUGAAAUGAGCCUCGCUGAGGGACUGAGGUUUGAGAAGCGGUUAUUCCAUGCCUUGUUUUCAACCAAGGAUCAGAAGGAGGGCAUGACUGCUUUUUCUGAGAAACGAAAGGCAGAGUGGACGCACUCAUAAGGGCGUUCUGUAUAUUACGAGGGCACCUCGUUCGUCAAGAUCCCCGUGUUGUCCUGUGUUGACUUGCUUUGAGUCUAUCAUCUAGGUUUGAGUUUUUGACACCAGGGCCUAAGGUUACAUCACUAGACUAUUACAAACGAGGUUAGGCAAUGAUACUCUGAUUCCUGAUUGAUCGGCCUCCAGCCAGAUAACGAUAUCUCAGCGUUUAUGUCUAGUCGUGCUAGUAACUUGUGAUCAACAAUGUGGCACGAUUCGAUCAACGGCGCGCGACAAGGUACUAGUGG